CCCCUGCCUGGCCCUACCUGCUUCUGUCCCCCCAGGUGUGCUGCCCCUCUGCCACCGGCCGCUGGCCUGGGGCAGAACCACCUGGCAGCCCCUCGUCCCCCUGCAGCCCCCCGGCCUCCCGCUUGCCCCGUGUCGUGCCUUCAGCAACAACAAGAUCCUGGUGGAGCUGGACAAGAGCUCAGGCGUUGCAACGAUGAAGUUCAAGAACCCCCCGGUCAACAGCCUUAGCCUGGACUUCCUCACCGAGUUUUGCAUAAGCCUGGAGAAGCUGGAGAACGACCGAGCCUGCCGUGGCGUGAUCUUUACAUCUGUUAUCCCCAAAAUCUUCUCAUCUGGCCUGGACAUCACCGAGAUGUGUGGGAAGAGCAUGGAGCACUACGCCGAGUUCUGGAGAGCCGUGCAGGAGAUGUGGCUCCGGCUGUACGGCUCCAACAUGGUGACAGUUGCCGCAGUCAAUGGGUCCAGCCCGGCGGGAGGCUGUCUCCUUGCCUUGUCGUGUGACUACAGGAUCAUGGCGGAGAACCCCAAAUUCAGCAUCGGCCUGAAUGAAGCCCAGCUGGGCAUUGUGGCUCCCUUCUGGUUUAAGGACACAUUUGUGAACGUUGUGGGACACCGAGUUGCUGAACGCUCCCUCCAGCUGGGCUCCCUCCACCCCGCACCCGAGGCCCACAAGUUUGGCCUCGUGGACGAGCUGGUGCCAGAGGAGAAGCUCCAGGAGAAGGCUAUGGCGGUUAUGGCACAGUGGCUGGCCCUUCCCGACCAUGCCCGUCAGCUCACCAAGUCCAUGAUGAGGAAGGUGGUGUUGGACCGCCUGGUAGCUCACCGGGAGGAAGACAUUCAGAACUUCAUCACCUUCAUCUCAAAAGAGUCCAUCCAGAAGUCACUUCGCAUGUACAUGGAGAUGCUAAAGAAGAAGAAGAGCUGAGGAGCCAGCCA